AUGCAUACUACUGCACAAUCCUUGGAAGUGAUGCCUCCAUUGACAUUGGAGAAACAAGAGCUCAUGCAAGCAUUGCUGGCUGAAUCAUCUGAAAGCUCUAAGCUCAAGGAAAUGAACAAGGAGCUAUCCCAAAAACUUGAAGUUCAAACUCAAAGAUUAGAGCUUUUAACUGCUCAAAGUAUGGCGAAUGAAAAUAUCCAUCCAGGCCACCAGAUUUUCGCAGUGUGCAGGACAAUACUUCAUAUGCAGAUGAAGGAGAUGAGGUAUGCAUGUUUAUCAGUUUUUCAGUUUUUUAGAACAGAAACUAUUCCCUGA